CCUCGCAUUGAAUUCUAUAUGAUAACAAAAAGAGUUAUAAUAUAGAGUUCGAUGGGUACUCAAAACGACUUGUAACUACUACUGUUUGCUGUUUGCUAAUUAGGGAAAACAUGGAACUCCAAGAUACGUUCUACAGCAAGUUCGAAUAUGUUGAAACAACUACAGGCAAUAAAGUGAGUCGUCAAGCUCAAAUUUAUGGCUCCCAAAAUAUUAUACUCAAUGGAAAAGUCAUUCUGCAGUCAGGAGUUAUGAUACGAGGUGAUCUAGCCAGUGUUAAAAUGGGACGAUAUUGUUUUGUUGGCCGAGGUUCAGUUGUGAGGCCACCAUGCAAAAAAUUCAGUGGAGGAUUUACUUAUUUUGCUCUUCAAAUUGGAGAUCAUGUUCAUAUAGGUGAACAAAGUGUUGUUCAAGCAGCUAUCAUUGGAUCUUAUGUUCAUAUAGGAAAAAAUGUUGUUAUUGGUAAAAGAUGUAUACUAAAAGAUUGCUGCAUGGUAGGAGAUAACACAAUACUUGCUCCUGAUACCGUAGUCCCUUCAUUUGCUUAUUAUUCUGGUUCCCCAGGCAUGCAAAUCGGUCAACUACCAGUUUGUACUCAAGAUUUAUCAAUUGACUAUACAAAGUCAUUUUAUGAUCACUUUGUUCCAUCUAUUGAUAAUUUAUAAGUUUCUAAGUUAUUACAUUUUUUUUUAACACAGCUUCCUUUAAUUUAAAACUUGUACAA